GAAAAUCAAGACCAAUUAUUUCAUAGUCUCUCUUGCCUUUGCUGACCUGCUGGUGUCAGUGCUGGUGAUGCCCUUUGGAGCCAUCGAGUUGGUUCAGGACAACUGGAUCUAUGGAGAGAUGUUCUGCCUGGUCCGAACGUCGCUCGAUGUCCUGCUCACCACAGCAUCAAUCCUGCACCUCUGCUGCAUCUCACUGGACAGGUACUAUGCUAUCUGCUGCCAGCCCCUGGUUUACAGGAACAAGAUGACUCCCCUGCGCAUUGCUGUUAUGCUUGGAGGGUGCUGGGUAAUCCCAACGUUUAUUUCUUUCCUCCCUAUCAUGCAAGGCUGGAAUAGCAUUGGCAUCAUUGAUCUG